AUGAUCGCCAAAGCUGUCGCCGCCCUUCUGCUGGGCAGCGGCCUUGCCUCCGCAGCUGGCACUCCGUUGACGUCCAAGGCUGGUGAUAAGGUCCCCAUUCCAGACUGGGAUUUGAAGAGCUCCUCGGAGGUAUCUAAAGAUCUCAAGGGGCUGUCCAAGCCUGGUGUCGACACCUCAGCAUGGUAUCACGCCGGCACAUCGAAAUGCACGCUCAUGGCGUGUCUUCUCAAUGCCGGAAUCUACAAGGAUGAAGAUCUGUGGUACUCGGACAACCUCAAUCACUUCAACUGGGGCCAGUUUUCGGUUCCUUGGCUCUAUCGCCAUGAGUUUGCGCUGGCACCCGCCAAGGGCAAGCACUUUAUUCUGCAAACAAACGGCAUUACGUCUAAAGCCGAUCUCUUUUUCAACGGCCAGCAGAUUGCCGACUCCGAAUACCAGGCGGGUGCGUAUGCCGGCCGCACCUACGACAUCACGAGCCUUGCCGCCAAAGACAACGCCUUCGUCGUCCAAGUCCACCCGACGGACUAUCUGUACGACUUUGCGCUCGGAUACGUUGACUGGAAUCCGUACCCCCCUGAUAACGGAACUGGAAUCUGGCGUGAUAUCACCGUCAAGGAAACCGGCUCCGUCUCUAUGGGUCCCAUCAGUGUAGUGGUCGACAUUGCCGUCCCAGUUGAGAGCAGCCCUGCCAAGGUUACUAUCCGUGCCGAAGCCCAGAACCUGGAGAACGUUGCAGUCGUUCUCGAUGCCGAAGCCGUUGUGUCUGGCAACUCAUGCUCUGGAGGGCCUCUGAAGCAGACGGUUAAGCUUGCACCUGGUGAGAAGAAGCUUGUUGAGUUCACCAAGACGAUUGCGAAGCCAAAGAUCUGGUGGCCUAAGCAAUGGGGUGACCAGCCUCUGUAUAAUGCCAAGGUCACUUUCUCCGUCAACAAAGCUGUUUCGGACACCGCCCAGACCAACUUUGGCGUUCGCAAAGUCACGUCCUUUGUCAACCAGUACAACGACACCCAGUACAGCGUCAAUGGUCAUCCCUUCCAAGUCGUAGGCGGUGGUUAUGGCGCUGAUAUGUUCCUGCGAUGGGACGGCGAUCGUUUCACCCGCAUUGUCGAGUAUAUGCUGGAUAUGCACCAGAACACCAUCCGUCUCGAGGGCAAGAUGGAGCACCCAGAGCUGUAUGAGAUUUGCGACAAGUACGGAUUGAUGGUCAUGCCUGGUUGGGAAUGCUGUGACAAGUGGGAGGCUUGGGCUUAUAACGAUGAACUUGCCAUCUUCCCGCCACCUGUCUGGGAUGACAACGACUACCAGACGGCCAACUACAGCAUGAUUCACGAGGCUUCCAUGCUUCAGCCACACCCCAGUGUGUUGACGUUCCUCGUAGGAAGUGACUUCUGGCCCAACGACGAGGCGGUUGUGCUCUAUGUCAACGCCCUGAAGAAUGCUGGCUGGCAGACUCCCAUCAUUGCCUCUGCCUCCAAGCGCGGUUUCCCGGCACUGCUUGGUCCUGGUGGCAUGAAGAUGGACGGCCCCUACGAUUGGGUGCCACCCAACUACUGGUAUGACACUGAGCCUUCCGAGGACCGCUUGGGUGCUGCCUUUGGUUUCGGCUCUGAGCUGGGAGCUGGUGUCGGCACUCCCGAGUUGGGUUCUCUCAAGAGGUUCCUCAGCCAGAGUGAUCUGAAUGAUCUGUGGAAGAACCCUAACAAGAACCUGUACCACAUGUCCACCAACGUGUCUUCGUUCUAUAACCGCAAGAUCUACAACCAAGGUCUCUUCAAGCGCUACGGUGCCCCCACCUCCCUCGACGACUAUCUUCUUAAGGCCCAGAUGAUGGACUACGAAGCGACCCGAGCUCAAUACGAGGGCUUUUCCUCUCUGUGGACAGCCAGCCGCCCUGCAACCGGUAACAUCUACUGGAUGCUCAACAACGCUUGGCCAAGUCUUCACUGGAACCAGUUUGAUUACUAUAUGCACCCUGCUGGCUCUUAUUUCGGCACCAAGGUUGGCUCCCGUAUUGAGCACGUUGCGUACAACUACCAAAAGAAGGAAGUUUGGGUUAUCAACCAUUCGCUAGACCAGACGGGCCCCCGCAAGGUUGACAUUGAGCUCAUUGACACGAAUGGCAAGCAAAUCGCCAAGCAGUCUGUUAACAUCAACACCAAGGCUAACUCGGGCUUCAAGGCUGCCGACAUCUCCAGCCAGAUUGGCAAGCUGUCAAGCGUUGCCUUCCUGCGCUUGAUUCUGUCUGACAGCAAAGGCAAUGUUCUGAGCCGCAACGUUUACUGGGUCACCAACUCGAUCGAUAAGCUCGACUGGGAUAGCUCAACUUGGUAUUACACUCAAGUCACCAGUUUUGUCGACUAUACUCCUCUCAACAAGCUGUCUGCCGCUCAGAUCUCUGUGACGACUGGUAGCAGCAGGCGCGUAGCCGGCGUUCCAGGAACACAAACCCGCACAGUCACGCUCGAAAACAAGUCUUCUGUGCCGGCUGUCUUUAUCCGCUUAACUCUUGUAGAUAAGAGCGGCAAUGAUGUUAACCCUGUCUCCUGGUCUGACAACUAUGUGACUCUUUGGCCAAAAGAGAAGCUGCAGUUAGAGGUAGGAGGAUGGGAUGCCAGUGGUGACAGCAUCCAGGUCAGUGGCAGGAAUAUCGCGGCCACCACUGUUAAGCUGUAG